UGUAUAUAUUGUAUAUAAAACACACUGCAGUGACAUUUUAUGACAAAGAACUCGAAGACGAAGAUAGAAAAACGGUGGGACGACAGUGUGAAACUAUGAAAUUAGCAAAAACUGCGAGCUCCAUUUUAAUAUGAACCCACAAAUGAGCAAGACGUCUGCGCUGGUUUUUAUUUUGCUGAUUACUGGACUAGCUAUUUUCCUUGCCACAUUACUUCAAGACAAAACCUACCCAGCGGAGCCCUCGCGUAAGAAAUUAAGGGAGGCAAGGGGAAAUAAAUAUGGCCGUGAGCACGAUCUUUUUUGUAUUUUUCGAAUAACAUUUCAUGAUAUGAAGAAUGUAGAGAAAAUUCAGACAAGCAUCAUGGAAUUGAUCACAGAGCAGACAUUUCUGUUGAACUUGCACAUUGCACCACCAGAGGAUAUGCCGGAUACGAUAUCACCUUUUCUAAGAAACAGAUUGCUGGAGUGGAAGUACCUCAGAAAGGGAGAACAUUUGCUUCAUGUCAUUCCAGUUGAUUUUAAUCUUUUGACAUUUCAUAUGCUUGAGUAUUUUAACGAAGAGACCAAUGUCGAUUUACCUCCUUUCAGGAUAAAGGAUGAAAAUAAAACCUGCGAAUUAAGGAAUGACUAUUCAACCAUUGUGAACGUUUUAGGAUAUAUAUACAUAUUAACAAAUUACACAUCCGAUUUCAUGUUUUGCACUUUAAAAUUCGAUGAAAAGGGCUUCAAAGACACGUUGUAUUACUUCACUACGAUAUGGGUUGGGUAUGACAUGCUAUGUGCUGAGCCCAAACUGGAAAGUAUAAAGAACCCCAAAGUAAGCAGGAAGAAGCAGUCCUUUCUAUCGCCAUUGAUGUGCUUCCUACUCGCUUUGGAAUGUGUCUGGUUUUUUAAACUGAUUGAAAUUCAUGAAGGUCAUACAACGGACAAUUUACAUGAUCAAUUAAAGGAACACGAGAAUAUCGGAAAACAGCACGAUAGCUGUAGUUCUGAUGAUCAACAAGCCACCACUGACGUGAAAAGCCCGGAUCCUCGACGUAAAACCUACCAAUCAAAAUGUACCUGUUAUUAUUUUCCACACGAGAGACCAUACGGUUUAAACAGAUUGGUGAAGAAAAUAUUUCAUGCGAAGAUAACUCCCCACAAAUGCCUUUGUGAUGCUUGCUGUUUUUACGUAUCUUGCAAGCAAGACAAUUCAAUUUCAAGAUCAUUGUUCGUGCAAGUCAUCAAUUUGCCAUCUUUGAGAUUUUUUACGGCGCUCUACAUUUUUCUAUUAUUUCCGAUCUCGGUGUAUAGAACUGUAGGAAGAAAGGCCCUGGCUCACAAAGAAUAUAGGAAUUAUAAAAAUGUGGUUCGUGCAAGUGAACCAAUAUGCAAUAUUAUAAGUAGUGAUGAUGACAUCAUUUUUCUUUGUGACUGGGUGUACGCAGUUUUUGGAUCCCUGGUCGGUGUUGUUUUGUUCAUAUAUCAUCAUUACAAUAUUUCAGAAAAUGGUUACAGAAUUUUCUCUCCCUCUCUCGGAUACCAGGAUGUUCGAGCAACAACUGUUUGUGACAAAUUAAUGUCGAGACUGGGUAUCUUGUCGGACUUGCUUCGAUAUAUGAGUGAUCAGGCUAAGAAUUUUGUUUGUUGGGCUUGCAUCAGAUCGUCUAGAAUUCCACAUCGACAUAAAGCAGUCAAGGUCAAAAGGUCACAAGAAGUAUCGAAAACUCGCUCCACAAGGAAAACAAAUCGUUUGGUUGUCAAAUGUGUCUCCAUUCUUUAUUUUCUACUUGCGUUAGCUGAAUUUCCAUUUCAAUUACUCUUGUGCCUUUUGCCAAUAAUACCAUUUUCAAUCCACCAUUUCAUGAAGGCUUUAUCUCAUCGAAAAUGCGUUAAAAUUCUAAUUGCAUUUAUUCUUCUGGUAUUGACAAUAGUGAGUUUUAGGACAAUCAUUUCCUCUUUCCUGUUUCUGUUUCGGACAUUAACCGUCAUACUCUUCAUUGUCUUGCCAGUCAGAGAGUAUAUUUUUAAAUACUUUAUGCUUGGGGUGUCGGUCUUUAUUUAUCUGAUAUAUUAUUAUAAUGAAGUAAUGGAUUUGUUAAAGGCCAUACUUAUAUAUGUGUGUACACUCAACAAAGAAAAAUCAGGAGAAAAUUAUAUAGAACAAGAUUUGUUUGAUCGUAUAUUGAGAAAACUUGUUUUUUUUAAAACAAAAAUUUAUUUUGCAGUAUUCAAACUGAUAGUGGUGACGUCUUACAUCUUUAUUACAAUAGAAGCUCUGACUGUUGGGAAAAAAAUGGGAGUGUUAGAAUUUGUUGAGUUAACGCAAUAUGGUUUGAUUUUUGGAUCUCCAUACAUAUUGUCAAUUUUCCUCAAGUCUGGCAAACAAACUCUAAACGAUGAAAAUAAGAAAGAAGUACAAAAAAUCUUUAAGGAGUCGGAAAAAUCUGACCAUGUUAAACAGAAAUUUGAAAUGCAUCAUGCAUUGAUCUCUAGUUGCCUUCAUGGAUGUUUAACAAAGAAGGAGAACUUUAUGCAAAACCCGACAAAUGCUUCGGACAAUGUCGACGUCAAAAUUCCGCUUCAAUCCGGUUUGAUAUAGGGUUGGUCUUCAAAUGUACAGGAUUCAAAAUUUAUGAAUAUACAAAAUCUGGAUGUUAUGAAUAUGAACUUAUGUAUAUUAUAUAUGUACAUUUUAAUGUACAUGCAUUUAUGGUAUUUAAUUGUUAUACAUGUAUAAAUACGCAAAAUUGUCAAACGUCAAAAAGGUCGAUGCCUGUUCAAACCUCGAUAAGAUGAAAGCAGACAGCAAGUUGUAACAAAAAUAUAUCGGUAGUUUAGAAAGAUUGUAUAACUCAUUAAUUUUACUGAAAAAAUUCAUUUCUACACGAUUAGUUAUGUCUUGUUGUAAAUUACUAGUCUUUCUCCCGUUCAAAAUUCUCCAACUGCCUCCGUCCCUCCACUUCGUCCCAAUUUUCUCAAAUUGAUUAAGUUUACAUCGUACAAAUAUAUAUACGCCUUUUUCACAAUGAUAACGAUAGACGUCAUGAUGUACGGCAGAUGGUUAAUGUCGGAUUAAAGAUAUCCUCUUCAUAAAUGAUACUUAACAUUUUUGCAUUUGGCUGUGAAGUGGGGCGGCACAUGAUUAAAUCUACCGAACUCUUCGAGUUCACAUAAUUCGAUCAUGUAACCGUCCCAUUAUGAAAGGUGAAGAUAACGAACAGCGAUCAAUCUCAUGACUCCUACAAGCAAUGCAAAAUAGAUAGUUGGGCAAACACGGACCCCUGGACACACCAGACGUGGGAUCAGGUGUCUAGGAGGAGUAAGCAUCCCCUGUAGACUAUACAUCUCAACAAGUGUUGUAAAUUCUUAGGUGCACUUUCUUUUAUAGACUACUGGACUCUCUACACUAUCGCUAAAAUCCUGUUAUUUUCCAUAAACGCUCUGGUUAUUCCUCGAAGAAAAUAAUGAAAUAUCCUUGAUAUUUGCACUGACGAAAGUAUUCUGAUUACAUAUAUCAGCACUAUCCUUUUGAUGUAAAUAUUUCUUUAUCAUGUGCACAGUUGUAACAUUUGUCUUUGAUGAAAAUGUUUUUACAUUCAACAAUGUUUUAUUAAUAACCAAUAAACCUACAUGUAG